GGCUCCGGCCGACGUGUCCAAUAGCUGGGGGCGGGGUGGAGCGACUUCCUACUCUCUCUGUCCCGGUCGGACACCCUUGAGAAGCGGGUGGCGGAAUCCAGCGGGUCGCCGGCGCGGCGUGGACGACCUUGAGUGAGGCGGCGGGCAGCGAGAAACAACAGAAUGGGUGAUAUCGAAAAGGGCAAGAAGAUCUUUGUUCAGAAGUGUGCACAGUGUCACACUGUUGAAAGUGGUGGCAAGCACAAGACUGGGCCAAACCUCCAUGGGUUAUUUGGACGUAAGACUGGCCAGGCUGAAGGGUUUUCGUACACGGACGCAAACAAAAACAAGGGUAUUAUCUGGAGUGAGGAGACGCUCAGAGUUUACCUGGAGAAUCCAAAGAAAUAUAUCCCGGGAACAAAGAUGAUCUUUGCGGGUAUCAAGAAGAAGGGCGAGCGUGAAGACUUGAUAGCUUACCUUAAAUCUGCCACUGCCAAUUAGUUUGCAGUCACGGUAUCUGCUGCCUUAUUUAUUAAUGGUUAGAUUUGUCUCAUGAUUGAGCAACCUGAGAAGGGUGUUGCAGUCGACUUUUUAAACUGGUUUUUUUAACCAUGAUCUGUACAGAGAAUUCUCUACCACCCUGUAACACAGCUCAGUUUUAAAAUUGUAAAUCACUGGUAAUGCAUUCUGUUGAGACAAUAAAAGCAAAGAUUGAUCAUUAA